CAACGUAUAGUAUAUAACCGUUUUUUUACAAUAACUGAAUUUAAAUCGCGUCUAUUCGAGCUCGUGCUUCCCUGCACAUGACUAAUUGGGUCGUUGCUGUUGUUUCGGAUAUAUCUUUAAUCCAAUUUGGCCUUCAAUGAAAUAUACGAACAAUGGAAAGCAUUACUAAAUUUAAUGUCUGGGAAGUAAAGUUGUUCUAUUAACAAAUCCUGUAACUAGAUAGCGAGUCGAGUUUUACGCAUUCAAAAUGCAGGAAUAUCCCUCAGGCAAAACUUCUGUAGCAUUUCUGGCAUACCUUUUUGUCAACAGAGAACUGAGCCAAUCGGCCAAGUAAAUUCAGGCACUUGAGGCUAACCCCAAUCCAAAGUCUAACACAAAAAUGGAUAAUUAAUACUACACUUCUAAGUAUGUUAUGUGUGAGUGAAGGGAAAGCUGAAGACUUCGUCAGACACUAAAAAAGUGUUCAUCGUUACACGUACCACAAACGGAUAGUGGAACUGCUCAGCCGGCCAAUUGCUCUUGAUGUCUCAGCGAGAACUAGAAUAACCAAGUGGAUUAUCAGUAGCGAAACAAAAUGUAUGGAUUCAUCCACUGUGCUCUGGCUGAUCUUGUAAUCAGUAAGUUUGGAGAAGAAGUUUGGCGGAAGAUAAUCGCCAAGGCUGGCGUCGAACUUGAUGGUGGGUCCUAUCUUAUCCACAAGAUUUACGAUGAUCAAGAAACAUUAAGUCUGGUUGGUGCCGCGUGCGAAGUUCUGGGGCUUGAGCUCAAUCCUGUUCUGGAAGUUUUUGGAGCGCAUUUCCUUGAUUACUGCAUUCAGUCUGGCUAUGAUCGCAUUCUUCGGGUCCUUGGCAGGAAUUUGCACGAUUUUCUUUGCAAUCUCGAUGCCCUACACGACCAUUUACAAUCCAUCUACCCAGGAAUGGAAGCACCUUCAUUUAGGUGUACAGAAACAGACGACGGGACGUUGUUGUUACACUAUUAUUCCAAACGACCCGGGCUUUCAUACAUUGUCAUAGGACUUGUUAAGGCAAUAGCACACAAGCUAUUAAACACGGAGAUGACAGUCGAGAUACACGAAGAUGCAGACGAAAACAACGACCAUGUAACAUUCGCCAUACGAGAGGCCGAGUCUAAAAGUCCCACCACAUCAAAACUAGGCUUGCAAACCUUUGACACACUGGGUCAAGCAUCGCAAGUCACCUCACCAACACAAAAAGUGAACGAGAAACGUGCUGACAGCAUGAGCUUGCUUUCAUUUUGCAAGGCUUUUCCUUUCCAUGUGAUGUUCGACCGCAAGCUUCAAAUUAAACAAACGGGCCUUUCACUUYUACGACUGUUAAAAUGCAAACCACAAAGCACUAAGAAAUUUACGGACAUUUUUGAUCUAGCGAGACCUCGCAUGGAGUUCAGUUUCCAAUCUGUCAGAUCACAUAUUAAUACGGUCUUCAUCGUUACCACAAAACCGGGAGUAAUUGAAUUGUGCGAUUCGACAUCAGAACMAGAGGAUUCAAAAGCUGCAGUACUGCGUCUCAAAGGACAGAUGUUGUAUAUUCCUGAAUGCGACUGUCUACUUUUCUUAUGUUCACCACGCGUUACGAACCUAGACUCGUUUAGACGAAAAAACCUCUUCUUCAGUGACAUCCCCGUCCAUGAUGCYACCCGUGACCUGCUCUUUAUGACACACGCAAGGCGAGCCGAGAGAGAAUUGGUUGAAAAAUUGGAAGAAACCAGCAACAAUUUGAAAAAGAUUGAAAGCAAACUGAUUGAUCAUAAAAAGAAGACCGAUGAUUUGCUUCAUUCAAUUUUGCCCAAGGAGGUCGCCGCUAAAUUACGCUUAAAUCAACCAGUGCCUGCGGAAAGCUAUAAAGUGGUAACGAUUUUAUUUAGUGACAUCGUGGGGUUUACAGCACUCUGUUCAAAUGACGAUGUUGUACCCAUGGACAUAGUCAAGUUGCUCAACAAGCUGUACACGUACUUCGACAUGCUGUCGGGUAUGAACGAUGUUUAUAAGGUGGAGACCAUCGGUGAUGCAUACAUGGUUGUAGGGGGGCUACCACACCCUUGCGAUAAUCAUGCAGACAAAGUCGUAAGCAUGGGAUGUAGUAUGAUGGAAGCUACUGAAGCUGUUCAUUCUCCUGUUGAUAAGAACCCUAUAAAGAUACGUAUUGGUAUUCACACGGGAUCUGUAAUGGCUGGAGUGGUAGGAAAGAAAAUGCCGAGAUAUUGCCUGUUCGGCAGCACUGUGACCCUUGCAAAUAAAAUGGAAUCUGGWAGUCAGCCAGGUCGAAUUAACAUCAGCGUCGAUACUAAACAGUCACUCCAACAGCCUAAAGAUUACCUCUAUGAAGUCAACGACGUAGUGGCAAACCCACUGCCGUGUUACUUCGUAAAGAGAAGUGCCCUUACAGCAAAAAGGACCUCGUUAGUUGAUAUUACAUCGUCUGUGGCACCUAACAGUAUUUGUAUGUUUCGAUCUCCAAUGGGUUCACCGACKAACUCUCCGACGGCCACACGAAGGCGCGCCAGUUCUGUAGAGCCUGUAUCGAUAACGAAAGAAAAGUCAACCCCAAAGCCUCCAAUUUGUCCCGUCAAGAGACGAACAACUGUGCACAAAAUGCCUGGCAGGAUAAAGAAAGACGAGAAUGGGUUAACGAGCACUCCGGAACUGGAGUACGUCCCCGAUGAUAAUGAUGAGUUCAGCCUUGAUGAUAAGUCUUUUGGUGAAAUGGAYAGAGAGAAGCUAGUCGCUCUCAUGGGAUUACAGGAAAAGAUCGACGCGAUGAAGAUUAAUAAUGACUUUACCCACGUAAACUCGAAACAAAGCUAAUUGCAAGCUUUUUGGUCAUUAAYUGCAAAUGGCGGAUGUUCAAUCUAGGAGAUAUACAAUAUUAUGUUCUGAUCCCAUCUCUUGUAUAAAAUAUAUAUUAUCAAGUUGCUCUCUUAGAGAGAAAGAUAUAGGUACUGUUGCGCUUGUAACUGAAGAAAACYUCAACAAAAGGUACUCCUGAGGCGAGUGACACUUCAGUUCGUCAAAAAAGUUUAAGUACAAACAAAUGCAUUAAGUAUAUAUAAAGACACCUUUUAUAGCAAUAAGAAGGUAAUGGUUGGAGUGCAUUACCACCUGGACGUGUAAAUAYAGCACUUUCAUAAGAAAACAAGAAUAGUACGAAAUGAUGACUAGGAUGUGAAUGUUUUUUAGUUAUGCAUGGACGAUGUAUCAUUUUUACUUGUUCAAAAGUGUACUAUAACUGCAAUCCAUAUAUUAAAAAAUGUUUAUAUCAUUGUAAUAGAAGCACUACCCAGUGCUCGGUAUGUUUGGACAAGUUUUUUUUAUACAGAUUGACACGUGCAUGAUGAUAUCGGUGAAGACAGGUGCACACUACUUUGCUAGACUGAUAGUUGAACUGUAAGGGAGGUCAUCGAUGAUCGUUUUACUAAUAUAAAUAUAUUUGACAUGUUGUA